GGAGUCUCGCUCUGUCGCCCAGGCUGGUGUGCAGUGGCGCGAUCUCAGCUCACUGCAAGCUCCACCUCCCGGGUUCAUGCCAUUCUCCUGCCUCAGCCUCCCGAGUAGCUGGGACUACAGGCGCCCGCCACCACGCCCGGCUAAUUUUUUCUGUUUUUAGUAGAGACGGGGUUUCACCGUGUUAGCCAGGAUGGUCUUGAUCUCCUGACCUCGUGAUCCGCCCGCCUCGGCCUCCCAAAGCGCUGGGAUUACAGGCGUGAGCCACCGCGCCCGGACUGCAUCCUGUUUUUGUUUUUUGUUUUGAGAUGGAGUCUCACUCUGUCGCCCAGGCUGGAGUGCAGUGGCGCGAUCUCGGCUCACUGCAAGCUCUGCCUCCCAGGUUCCGCCAUUCUCCUGCCUCAGCCUCCCGAGUAGCUGGGACUACAGGCGCCCGCCACCACGCCCAGCUAAUUUUUUCUGUUUUUUAGUAGAGACGGGGUUUCACCGUGUUGGCCAAGAUGGUCUUGGUCUCCUGACCUCGUGAUCCGCCCGCCUCGACGUCCCAAAGUGCUGGGAUUAUAGGCAUGAGCCACCGCACCCAGCCUGCAUCCUGUUUUAGUCACCUGGGAUACCGGCCUGGCAUUGCAGUCACCGCAGUACGUGCCUUAGCAUCCUCCAGUUUGGUGUAAGCACCCCCAGGGUAGUGACUGUAUCUCAUCUAGCUUACCCCCUCAGUGUUCUUACUCAAAAAAUAUUUAUCGAAUAAAUAAUUUUAUCAGGUAUUUUGUGCAAGAAUUUUUGCCUUGGGGAAGGUGUGUGUGACUAAGAGCCCACGAGGAUCCCGUCUAACUCCAAGAUUCUGCGACUGGCAUUGGAAGCUGAUUUACAGUGAGUAAUUGGGAAUACCCAAGGCCACUUUGACUUUUGCCGCCAUUGGAUAGAGCAGCACCCUCUCCCACCCUCCCUCUGAGUUCACCCAUGGGCAGUCCCAGAAGCCUUUGAUGGGGAAAAGGGGGUCAUAGUGAGAAUUUACCUUGGAAUGUAAAGUGAGCGGCCCCUUUUCAGUCUUUGCAUCUUCACGCGGGUCCGCCCCAAACCUAGAAGAACGCCCCGACCCCUUCUUCUUCUAUCUACUGUUACUCCUUCCUCUGACUCUGGUGACCCCAUCCCGGACGCCUUCCGGAAAGCGCUUCCCCCUUUUCCACCCCAUCGAGUUGGGGUUAUUUCUCCUUUUCUGGGCUCUCUCCCAUUGCUGGGGAGGAAGGCGGAUACGAAGGGCCUGCAUGACCGUGGCUGUCAUCACAGUGGUCCUGGCUUACCUUGUUUCUCUCUCCCCUUUUGCCUUUCUCCUUUCUCCCUGUUGCAGUCAUGGACUUCACUCAUAAUACAUAGACACAGACAUAGACAUAGACAUAGACAGACAUAGACAUAGACAUAGACAUAGACAUAGACAUAGACAUAGACAUAGACAUAGACAUAUACAUGUUUUUAAAUCGGGCAGCCACCCGCUCCUCGCCCUCAGCCCGGAAUAGGUUCAGAGAGGUGCCCGGGUUCACUUGCGGAGCGUGUGGCCUCUGCGCCUAACGCGCGCCCCUUCACUAAACGAAUGGGUGCAGGCAAGGGUAUAGGAUUUUAGAAUUUCAAGAGUUGUCGGGGGUCAUCCCGUGGAAUCCUCUCUUUUGCAGAUGCUCUUCCUGGAGCCUUCCGAUGCAAGCUCUUGGGCUCACGCAGCCCUUUUCCUCUUCUAAGCCCAGAGCGCUUUCGCUGCUGCUGAUCUCCACGGCCUCGGCAGAUAGGGAGGGGCAGGCAGGUGUCAGUGUCCUCCCUUUCACCGUUGGGGAAACUGACUCAGAGAAACAAGGCGACGGGCCUCGGCGGGGCGGGACCGUAACGGGAAUUCAGGGCUCCAGGCCAGAGCGGAAUUUAUUGUGUCUCGUUUUGGGAAGCGUGAAUGUGAAAUGAUCGACUUCGGAGCCCCAGGCGGAGACCCUUCAGUCCCCAACAAGAAUCGGGAUGGGGUCUGGGAUUAAUGCAGUAAUUACUCGCGCCUGAGCAUUGACCCCUUGGCAACUUGGCAAGGUCCGGCAGGGUCCACCGGCCUUUCCCUUCACUGGGUGACCACAGGGCUGCGGCCUCUUUAAGUCCCAGCGCUCCGCCCCCGGCUCGUCGCCAACCUCCUCGCCGCAGCUCAGCCAGUUCCAGACUUUCCUCAGAGAUGAGGUCAUCUCCCCGUUGCCCAUUGGCUGCGCCGUGCCGUCAGUCACAGGAAGUCAGGCCGCCGUCUUCGCCUUCUUCACGCCGCUUCCUUCUCCGCCCGCCCCUUAGUCCUCCGAUCACGAACCCGAUCAGGCCUCUGAUUGGCUAGCGCCGCCGUCACUUCUCCAGCGGACAGUCUUCAGGACGGGAGGCGGGCGUGGUGGGCGGGCCCGCAGCUUCCGUGGCUGAGAGGAGCCGGCGGCGGCAGUGUCUGUGGUGGCCGCGGCGGCGAGAGCGACGGUCCCAUCUUUCCCACCCUCUCGGUUGCCGCUGGCCACACGCCCUCCGCUGGUGGCGACUUCUCAGCUCCGUGCGCCCGGGCUGGACAGUGAGCCUCGAGAGGAGACGCGGGCGGCUAGAGCCGGAGUGGGGCGAGCCGCGGAACCCGGCCGGGAGCCGCGCGAGGCGAUUGCCAUCACGAAAGCCAAAGUGGAUUUCUCCAGUGUGGUGUGCCUGCCCCCUUCCGUCAUUGCUGUGAAUGGGCUGGACGGAGGAGGGGCCGGCGAAAAUGAUGAUGAACCAGUGCUCGUGUCCCUAUCUGCGGCACCCAGUCCUCAGAGUGAAGCUGUUGCCAAUGAACUGCAGGAGCUCUCCUUGCAGCCCGAGCUGACCCUAGGCCUCCACCCUGGCAGGAAUCCCAAUUUGCCUCCACUUAGUGAGCGGAAGAAUGUGCUACAGUUGAAACUCCAGCAGCGCCGGACCCGGGAAGAACUGGUGAGCCAAGGGAUCAUGCCGCCUUUGAAAAGUCCAGCCGCAUUUCAUGAGCAGAGAAGGAGCUUGGAGCGGGCCAGGACAGAAGACUAUCUCAAACGGAAGAUUCGUUCCCGGCCGGAGAGAUCGGAGCUGGUCAGGAUGCACAUUUUGGAAGAGACCUCGGCUGAGCCAUCCCUCCAGGCCAAGCAGCUGAAGCUGAAGAGAGCCAGACUAGCCGAUGACCUCAAUGAGAAGAUUGCACAGAGGCCUGGCCCCAUGGAGCUGGUGGAGAAGAACAUCCUUCCUGUUGAGUCCAGCCUGAAGGAAGCCAUCAUUGUGGGCCAGGUGAACUAUCCCAAAGUAGCAGACAGCUCUUCCUUCGAUGAGGACAGCAGCGAUGCCUUAUCCCCCGAGCAGCCUGCCAGCCAUGAGUCCCAGGGUUCUGUGCCGUCACCCCUGGAGGCCCGAGUCAGCGAACCACUGCCCAGUGCCACCUCUGCAUCCCCCACCCAGGUUGUGUCUCAACUUCCGAUGGGCCGGGAUUCCAGAGAAAUGCUUUUCCUGGCAGAGCAGCCUCCUCUGCCUCCCCCACCUCUGCUGCCUCCCAGCCUCACCAAUGGAACCACUGUCCCCACUGCCAAGUCCACCCCCACACUCAUUAAGCAAAGCCAACCCAAGUCUGCCAGUGAGAAGUCACAGCGCAGCAAGAAGGCCAAGGAGCUGAAGCCAAAGGUGAAGAAGCUCAAGUACCACCAGUACAUCCCCCCGGACCAGAAGCAGGACAGGGGGGCACCCCCCAUGGACUCAUCCUACGCCAAGAUCCUGCAGCAGCAGCAGCUCUUCCUCCAGCUGCAGAUCCUCAACCAGCAGCAGCAGCAGCACCACAACUACCAGGCCAUUCUGCCUGCCCCGCCAAAGUCAGCAGGCGAGGCCCUGGGAAGCAGCGGGACCCCCCCAGUACGCAGCCUCUCCACUACCAAUAGCAGCUCCAGCUCGGGCGCCCCUGGGCCCUGUGGGCUGGCACGUCAGAACAGCACCUCACUGACUGGCAAGCCGGGAGCCCUGCCGGCCAACCUGGACGACAUGAAGGUGGCAGAGCUGAAGCAGGAGCUGAAGUUGCGAUCACUGCCUGUCUCAGGCACCAAAACUGAGCUGAUUGAGCGCCUUCGAGCCUAUCAAGACCAAAUCAGCCCUGUCCCAGGAGCCCCCAAGGCCCCUGCCACCACCUCUAUCCUGCACAAGGCUGGCGAGGUGGUGGUAGCCUUCCCAGCGGCCCGGCUGAGCACGGGGCCAGCCCUGGUGGCAGCAGGCCUGGCUCCAACUGAGGUGGUGGUGGCCACGGUGACCAGCAAUGGAGUGGUGAAGUUUGGCAGCACGGGCUCCACACCCCCCGUGUCUCCCACCCCCUCAGAGCGCUCACUGCUCAGCACGGGCGAUGAAAACUCCACCCCCGGGGACACCUUUGGUGAGAUGGUGACGUCACCUCUGACGCAGCUGACCCUGCAGGCCUCGCCACUGCAGAUCCUCGUGAAGGAGGAGGGCCCCCGGGCCGGGUCCUGUUGCCUGAGCCCUGGGGGGCGGGCGGAGCUAGAGGGGCGCGACAAGGACCAGAUGCUGCAGGAGAAAGACAAGCAGAUCGAGGCGCUGACGCGCAUGCUGCGGCAGAAGCAGCAGCUGGUGGAGCGGCUCAAGCUGCAGCUGGAGCAGGAGAAGCGAGCCCAGCAGCCCGCCCCCGCCCCCGCCCCCCUCGGCACCCCCGUGAAGCAGGAGAACAGCUUCUCCAGCUGCCAGCUGAGCCGACAGCCCCUGGGCCCCGCUCACCCAUUCAACCCCAGCCUGGCAGCCCCAGCCACCAACCACAUAGACCCUUGUGCUGUGGCCCUGGGGCCCCCGUCCGUGGUGGUGAAGCAGGAAGCCUUGCAGCCUGAGCCCGAGCCGGUCCCUGCCCCCCAGUUGCUUCUGGGGCCUCAGGGCCCCGGCCUCAUCAAGGGGGUUGCACCUCCCACCCUCAUCACUGACUCCACAGGGACCCACCUUGUCCUCACUGUGACCAAUAAGAAUGCAGACAGCCCUGGCCUGUCCAGUGGGAGCCCCCAGCAGCCCUCGUCCCAGCCUGGCUCUCCAGCGCCUGCCCCCUCUGCCCAGAUGGACCUGGAGCACCCACUGCAGCCCCUCUUUGGGACCCCCACUUCUCUGCUGAAGAAGGAACCACCUGGCUAUGAGGAAGCCAUGAACCAGCAGCCCAAACAGCAGGAAAAUGGUUCCUCAAGCCAGCAGAUGGACGACCUGUUUGACAUUCUCAUUCAGAGCGGAGAAAUUUCAGCAGAUUUCAAGGAGCCGCCAUCCCUGCCAGGGAAGGAGAAGCCAUCCCCGAAGACAGUCUGUGGGUCCCCCUUGGCAGCACAGCCAUCACCUUCUGCUGAGCUCCCCCAGGCUGCCCCACCUCCGCCAGGCUCACCCUCCCUCCCUGGACGCCUGGAGGACUUCCUGGAGAGCAGCACGGGGCUGCCCCUGCUGACCAGUGGGCAUGACGGGCCAGAGCCCCUUUCCCUCAUUGACGACCUCCAUAGCCAGAUGCUGAGCAGCACUGCCAUCCUGGACCACCCCCCGUCACCCAUGGACACCUCGGAAUUGCACUUUGUUCCUGAGCCCAGCAGCACCAUGGGCCUGGACCUGGCUGAUGGCCACCUGGACAGCAUGGACUGGCUGGAGCUGUCGUCAGGUGGUCCCGUGCUGAGCCUAGCCCCCCUCAGCACCACAGCCCCCAGCCUCUUCUCCACAGACUUCCUCGAUGGCCAUGAUUUGCAGCUGCACUGGGAUUCCUGCUUGUAGCUCUCUGGCUCAAGACGGGGUGGGGAAGGGGCUGGGAGCCAGGGUACUCCAAUGCAUGGCUCUCCUGCGUGAUUCGGCCUCUCCACAUGGUUGUGAGUCUUGAUUGUGCGAGUCUUGACAAUCACAGUCCCUGCUUUUUCCCUUCCCUGGGAGGCUAGAACAGAGAAGCCCUUACUCCUGGUUCAGUCCCACACAGGGCAGAGGAGAGCAGCCCUGGCUCUCACGCUGGGGUUUUGGACACACGGUCAGGGUCAGGGCCAUUUCAGCUUGACCUCCUUUUUUGAGGUCAGGGGGCACUGUCUGUCUGGCUACAAUUUGGCUAAGGUAGGUGAAGCCUGGCCAGGCGGGAGGCUUCUCUUCUGACCCAGGGCUGAGACAGGUUAAGGGGUGAAUCUCCUUCCUUUCUCUCCCUGCUUUGCUGUGAAGGGAGAAAUUAGCCUGGGCCUCUACCCCCUAUUCCCCAUGUCUGCCAACCCCAGGAUCCCAGGGCUCCCUGCCAUUUUAGUGUCUUGGUGUAGUGUAACCAUUUAGUGGUUGGUGGCAACAAUUUUAUGUACAGGUGUAUAUACCUCUAUAUUAUAUAUCGACAUACAUAUAGACAUAUAUUUUUGGGGGGGGGGGGUGGACAGGAGAUGGGUGCAACUCCCUCCCAUCCUACUCUCACAGAAGGGCCUGGAAGGCCAUGGCUCCUGGGGGCUGGAUGCAAGGUUACCCUUGAGCUGUGUGCCAGUCUGGUAUGCAGCUACCCAGGCCCACCCAUCACGUGUGAUUGACAUGUAGGUACCCUGCCACGGCCUAUGCCCCACCUGCCCUGCUUCCUGGCUCCUUCUCAGUGCCAUGAGGGCAGAGGUGCUACCUGGCCUUCCUGCCAGGAGCUCUCCACCCACUCACAUUCCGUCCCCGCCACCUCACUGCAGCCAGCGUGGCCCUAGGACAGGAGGAGCUUCGGGCCCAGCUUCACCCUGCGGUGGGGCUGAGGGGUGGCCAUCUCCUGCCCUGGGGCCACUGGCUUCACAUUCUGGGCUGACUCAUAGGGGAGUAGGGGUGGAGUCACCAAAACCAGUGCUGGGACAAAGAUGGGGAAGGUGUGUGAACUUUUUAAAAUAAAAACAAAAACACAG